UAAAAGGCCACUGAUGGAGCUGUAACGACCAAACAAAUCUCGCCGUAAUAACUCUUUCUAUUACGUAUUCCGAGUCAACACUACCCCCUCUCUGUAAACGCAAUUGAAUGACAAUGACAACAGCGAAGAAGAAGAAGAAGUUGAUGUCAUCGGCGGCAUGGAGGGGCGAAGAGGAAGCCACAGAAGACUUCCAAGACGACAACGAUCGAUGAUUCCCUUGUCGAGGUAACUACCAGGUCUCUGUUUCUGUUUUGUGGUUUUUCUUUUUGUUUCUUGAUGACUUGUGUUCCCGUAUCUAAAAUUUCAGGACUUGCUGUAUCCAAUACCCUUUGUCUUCUGCAAAAGACAACACUUUUUUCUGUCCACAAUAGAGAGACCACUUAAAAAGUUUGGGCUUCUAACUCACUAGCAUAAAUGAGGGAGAGACCAUUAUAGUGUUAGAAGACCAUUAUAGCUUGCAUCUUCUAGGGUGGAUUUCCUGUAAGUGUAUAUUGCCAAAAUGGCCCAUCAUCAGCAAAGAGUGAGACCAGGUUUACUGAUGAGACUGUCAGUCGUUAUCAUGUUCUGGAAGUCUUUCUUCAACGAGUAUUCGGUAUUGACACCAUCGUGAAACCUCUUCCACCUGCCAUGGCCUACAAUGUUUCCCAUAACUUGAACUUCUUCACACGCAUUUUCACUCAGUUCUUUGCAUUGCAGAUCCAUGAUUCCUUCUGCUUUCUAAAACAAAUUGUUUGUACAUUGCAGUCCAAUAAUCUUCCAUUCUUUGUGGUCUAUUAUUUAUUGCAGCAGCCGACUGUAGAGCUCGAGGACCACUUGAAAAGCCAGAUACAGCUUAUAUUAUGUAAUUGCUUGGCAAUGGAAUCAAAGAGGCAGAGUCACAUGCAAGCAUGCACAUCCAGACAGUCUCGUUUGCAGUGUGGUAAAUUAUUGUUUAAACAAAGUAGAUAGGGGUGCAAGUGGGAAAACAAUGACAGAAAAUUAUUUAACAAUGUAAAACCCAAAGUGUGAAAUCGUGUACGAAACACAAUUUCACUAUUUCAAAAUUAGAACUGAAAUUUCGCCU